UGAGGGCUUUAUAUGCUUUAGACUAUUUGCAACGCUACAAUUCAUAUACAACAGCUCUACAGCAAAGGCCUUAUUAACAAAAACUUGUAUUACCUUUGUACCAUGUUGCUGAAUAGGGACCCUGGGUGCAUCGGAGCGUUUUGACUAGACUCAGUAGGACCUGUCGAAUAUCUUUAGGCUUGUCGCGUUUUUCGUCGUGAUCGGUGACUCCAAGUAAUGGAAAAAGUAAGAACCUCAUUGACCCAUGACCAUUCAAUUGGAUUCAUAAGUAGAGUCGAGAUGCUUCUCAAUAAAAGACAUUUUAUGCAAAGGACAAUAAAUUUAGGCCAAAAAGUAUUCGAAAAUGUCUAUCAUAGUGUAUUACUCGUGCAAAGGCUCAACUUUCAUUAUUCAAGUCAACGUUUAUCGUUAAACUCGACAGACAAAAGAAUCAUUCGUUCUUCGUCUCCCGAUAUCCACAUUCCGAACAAGACUUACAUCGAAUUUAUUUUGGAACAUUGUGAACGUCAUGGGGAGAAACAUGCUAUUGCUGAUUACAUGAAUGAAAAGUUAUUUACAUACAAUGACGUCCAUGAUCUUGUAAAGAAAUGUGGAUCAGCCUUCAAACGCAUGGGUAAAAACCAGAAAGAUGUUGUCGCCCUCUUCAUGCCCAACAUACCUGAAUAUCCUAUAGCACUAUAUGGCAUCCAAGUUGCCGGUGGAACUGUAACUACAGUGAAUCCAACGUAUACUGCAGAUGAACUUGCAUAUCAGUUGAAUGACACUGGUGCAAAAUACCUCGUUUCAUCUUUGGAACUCUUACCCAAGGCAAGAGAAGCUACGUCUAAAGUAAAGUUAUCUAUGGACAAUGUUCUUGAUAUUGAUACCUUGUGGAAUCUGAUUCUGAGCGAUGACGGCUCUUAUUUACCUAACAUCCACAGCACAAAGACACCAAGUGAAGAUGUAGUUAAUCUUGCUUACUCUAGUGGAACGACAGGUCUUCCAAAGGGGGUCAUGUUGACUAGUACAAACUACAUCUCACAAGCCGUUAUUAUGGCUUGUGAGAGAUUCAUGCCCAAACGACCUGAGAUACCUCAAGAAAUAAUAUUAGCGUUUCUGCCAUUUUUCCAUGCUUAUGGACUUGCUUAUAUUAUGGGAGUACACUUUUACCUUGGAUCUAAGCUCAUCUGUUUGCCGAAGUUUGAACCAGAGCUAUUUCUAGAUGCCAUCGAAAAGCACAAGGUUACUUUCCUGCCUCUAGUUCCACCAAUUGUAUUAUUUCUAACCAAACAUCCCAUGGUUGAGAAGUAUGACUUAUCAUCUGUAAAGUAUAUUGUGUGUUCAGCAGCCCAUCUGUCAGGCGAACUGGAGAAAACACUGCUGAAAAGGUUCCCCAAUGUCUGUUCUGUACAGCAAGGAUAUGGUCUGACAGAGACAGGAGGAGGGACCAUGGUCAAUCCAUUAGACAAACCACCUACUAAAAGUGGAUCCAUUGGGAUUUUGCUUCCCAACACAGAAGCUAAAGUAAAAGAUUUACAAUCUGGUAAAGCGCUUGGACCAGGCGAAGAUGGUGAAAUAUGCUUAAGGGGACCUGGUAUUACAAAAGGUUACUUGAAUAACCCGGAGCAAAUUGCACAAGCCAUUGACCAGGACGGCUGGCUUCACACGGGAGACAUUGGCCAUUACGAUGAAGAUGAGUAUUUCUAUAUUGUCGACAGAAAGAAGGAACUCAUUAAAUACAAAGGCCUUCAGGUAGCGACGAAAAAUAGCUAUUGGAAUUUGCUACUUUAACUUUUACUUGAAAUCGUGAUCAUCAUAUCGUCAGUUUCCCAAAAUGCGGCUCAUCCAAAUGCAAAUUAUUUAGUUUGGCGUAUAAUGAUUGCACCAUUUCAUAUCCUUUUGGAAAUGAGAUUCUACGUUUGAGUUCACCUAUAUUUCUUCUCAAGAGCAAAAAUAAUCUUCAAUGGAAUAACAUGUAUGAAUAUUAUGGAAUAAUGCCUGGGAAUACACUUCACGCACAUUAAAAGCAAGUGCAUGGGAAACUGAACUUCUAUAUUUUAACAGCUCAUUGGGAUCCCCGAUGAAGAGGCGGGGGAGCUCCCCAGAGCAUUUGUAGUGGCCAAAGGUGGGAUCACUGCAGAAGAGGUCCAGCAGUACGUCGCUGAUAAGGUGGCACCACACAAGAAGCUGAGGGGUGGGGUGGA